AUUCUAGGGAGUGGGAGGACUCUUCUGCUGUCAGUGGGUAAUAACCUCCGCAGAAGGUUCUCUGUGGAUUUUCCAGCAAACAAGACAAAAUCAAUUUUUGGGUGGAGAAGAGAAGAAAACACUGUGAAAAUAAGAGAGAGAGAGAGAGAGAGAGAGAGAGAGAGAGAGAGAGAGAGAGAGAAUAUUAGGAUAGAUAUUCAUCGUAGUGAUUAUCCGAUAUCGUCAUCAAAAGGGUUUCGUCACAAACCUUGUGAUGAUGAAACCCAGAUUCUGAAAAAAAAAAAAAACAAUUUCUUCACAUAACCAACUCUAAUUUAUCUUCCUGCAUCGAAACCUUGGGCUUUACUUGUCCUCUUUCAUCAUUCUGUGCUUUUGAUUUGUCGAAUGUUGUCGUGCUUCGCGGCGGCGCUGUCUCUUGUCGGAUUGUGACGAAACGGGUUUCGGUUGCUUUGUUGUGUUUGGUCCCAUUCGGGUAUUUUGAUUGUCGCUUGGCGUUUCACCAUCUCUGUCAUUGUUGGUGGUUCUGUUUCUUUUCCUUCCCAAGCUGGGUUAAAAAAUUUUUCUUAGGGUUUUGGGAGGAUCCAAGGUUAAAAGUUGGUUUUUUCCUUCGAAAAUCUAUGCUGGGUAUGUGGAAAGUUGAACUGUUGUUCCACUUGGUUCAUGACUAGUGCUUUUUUUUUCCUGGUGAUUGUUCCACUUGUUUACACUAAGAUUAAACUGAAUUGCAUAGCUGAGAACUUUUAUUUGGUCUUGAAUUUUGGUUUGGGAUUUUGUUGUGACUUGUGUUUGUGACCUUGUUGUCGUGUUGAUUGGGACUUUAGUGGUUGAGAAGUCCUCCUGUUAAGGGGAUAAGAUGAGUUCCAAUGUUAGUGGAAGCUUGGUUCAUAAGGGCAAGCUUUUGGUUCGUAUUGCUGAGAAUGGACACUCAUUUGAGUUGGAUUAUGAUGAGAGUGCACUUGUUGAGGCAGUUAUGAGGUCUAUUGAAUCGAAAACUGGGAUUAGCUUUGGUGAUCAACUUGUUCUUUGUUUGGAUAUGAAGCUUGAGCCGCAGCGGCAGCUUUCUGCUUACAUGCUUCCUUCCGAUGACCGGGAAGUGUUUGUGUUCAAUAAAGCGCGGCUGCAAACCAACUCACCACCUCCUAAACCCGAGCAAUGUGAUGUUCCUGAUGGUUUGGAGCCUCUUUCACAGUCUUCCUCCCAUGAUCCCCACCCUCUUGAUGAUGCUUUGGACCCUGCUUUGAAGGCUUUGCCUUCUUAUGAGCGGCAAUUCAGGCACCAUUACCAUCAAGGAAAUACAAUUUGUUGUCGUACCGUAGCAAAGUAUGAGCAUUGUGAGAGGCUUUUGAGGGAGCAGAUGGUUCAAGAGAGAGCAGUGGAGGUUGCAAGGGGUAAUUUGGAUCAUUACUAUAGAAUAAUUAACCAAAACUAUGGGGACUUCAUGAAACGCUAUAUGCAACAACACUGGAUGCAUUCUGAUCUUUUGAUGAAUUUUGGGAGGGAUGUUGAGAGGUUAAGAUCCAUCAAAAUUCACCCUGCUUUACAAACUGCUAAACGCAAAUGCUUACUGGAUCUUCUGAAGGAAGAAAACUUGCAGAAGUCAGUGGAGAGUUGCACCAGCUCCCACAAGCAGUUUGAGAAUAAAGUUUCACAGUUUAAGCAGGCUUUUGGUGAAGUGAAGCAUAGGGUCGAGGACUUGUUGUCCAGCAGGGCUUUCUUUCCCAUCAAGAAUUUAGAACAGACAAUUAAAGAUCAUCAGAGAUAUGUAACUGAACAAAAGAGUAUCUUGCAGUCUUUGAGCAAAGAUGUUCACACUGUGAAGAAACUGGUGGAUGAUUGUCUGUCCUGUCAAUUGUCCUCCUCACUUCGUCCUCAUGAUGCAGUUUCAGCCUUGGGUCCUAUGUAUGAUGUGCAUGACAAAAAUCAUUUGCCUAAGAUGCAGGCCUGUGACCGUGCUAUUUCUAAGCUACUUGACUUUUGCAAGGACAAGAAGAAUGAAAUGAACUUAUAUAUCCACAAUUACAUGCAAAACAUAACUUAUGUUACUUAUCUUAUCAAAGAUCAGAAGCUACAGUUUCCCGUCUUUAAAGAGGCAAUGACUCGACAGGAUGACUUAUUUGUGGAUUUAAAGUUGUUCCAUGGUAUUGGCCCUGCAUACAGAGCUUGCCUUGCUGAAAUAGUGAGACGGAAGGCUUAUAUGAAGUUGUACAUGGGCAUGGCUGGGCAACUGGCUGAAAGACUUGCUACAAAGCGGGAGUUUGAGGUCAGGAGACGGGAGGAGUUUCUGAGAGCACAUAGUUCUUGCAUACCUAGAGAUGUAUUGGCUUCUAUGGGAUUGUUUGACACUCCUAACCAAUGUGAUGUCAAUAUAGCUUCAUUUGAUGUUAAUUUGCUUAAUAUUGACAUAUCAGACGUGGACCGUUAUGCUCCUGAGUAUCUAGCAGGAGUAACAUCCAAGGUGGAGAAGCAUGGAAGUUUGAAAGGUUCAUCUACUUUGUGUACUGACAGCUCUCACACAGCUGAUGCUGUAGAUACUACUGCUGGCUCUAUUGACAGAUAUGAUUCUGAGGAGCUCCUUGAUGGAAGUGAGUUGAUCGAAAUUGCUGGAACUAGCAAAAUUGAAGUUGAGAAUGCAAAACUGAAAGCAGAGCUUGCUGCCAGAAUAGCUUUAAUUUGUUCUCUAUGUCCAGUCGCCAAGUAUGAAUCCCUGGAUGAUGAAAGGCUGGAUAGUAUACUGAAGAAUGCCACAGAGAAGACAGCUGAAGCCUUGCAUUUGAAAGAUGAAUAUAUCAAACAUGUCCAAUCCAUGCUUGAGAUGAAGCAGAUGCAGUGUAUCUCAUAUGAGAAACGUAUACAAGAAUUGGAGCAGAAAUUGUCUGAUCAGUAUGUGCAGGGGCAGACGAUGUCAGGCGUAAAUGAUGCAGCUGACUAUCCUCGUCUGUCUGGGAAGACAGAUAAUUACAAGCCAGAGUUUGAGAGAGGUGAAGCCCACAUGCCUUCUGUAUCUACUACUGAGCCCAUGGAUGAGGUUUCAUGCAUCUCAAGUUCAUUGGAUGCAAAACUUGGUCUAUUUGCAGAACAUUCAGGUAAAGCUUCAGAUGGGGUGGAUGAGAGCAUGUUGGAUUCCUCUGGAAUACAGAACCCACUGUUGGAUUCAACUAUGGCGGAGCCUCAAGUGCAAAGUGGUGACAAGUUCAGUAAAGAUAAGAUAGUAAAACAAUUGGGCAUGUCACUAACAAACAGUUCUACUGCUGAGAGCAUGCCCGUGCUUCAUGAUCUUUUACCUUGUGACUCAACAGUUCAUCCAGACAUGCAUUCCAAAGUAAAUGAUAAAUUGUUGGAACUUCAAAUUUCACUUGCAGACAAGUCCAGUCAAUUGAAUGAAACUGAAACCAAGCUUAAAGCUGUUUUGGAGGAGGUUUCUGUGCUCAGAAGGGAGUUAGAUGCAAGUCUAAAACUACUUGAUGAAUCUCAGAUGAAUUGUGCUCACCUGGAGAAUUGUUUGCAUGAGGCAAGAGAGGAAGCGCAAACACAAAAAAGUUCGGCUGAUAGGAGGGCCUCGGAGUAUGGUUUAUUACGUGCAUCUGUUCUUAGAAUGCGCAGCCUUUUUGAAAGACUCAAGACUUGUGUUUAUUCUCCUCGUGGUGUGGCUGGUUUUGCAGAUCCCCUGCGUGCUUUGGCACAAUCUUUAGCCAAUUCUGCUAAUGACAAAGAUGAUGAUGAUAUUGCUGAGUUCCGAAAAUGUGUUCGUGUAUUAGCUGAUAAAGUUGGUUUCUUAUCGAGGCACCAUGAAGAACUGCUUGAGAAGCACCAAAGAAUUGAAGCUGCCAAUGAACUGCUUCGUAAGGAACUGGAGGAAAAAAAUGAUCAGGUCAAAACUUAUUACAAUAAGCAUCAACUUGACAAGCAGGCUAAUAAAGAGAAGAUUUGUUUUGGUCGCCUGGAAGUUCAUGAGAUUGCUGCCUUUGUGCUUACUUCAGGUGGCCAUUAUGAGGCGGUUACUCGGAACUGCUCUAACUACUACUUAUCUACUGAAUCUGUGGCCCUAUUUGUGGACCAUCUUCCAAGCAGACCUAACUACAUAGUUGGACAAAUUGUGCAUAUUGAACGCCAAACUGUGAAGGCACUGUCUGAGCAAGUUAGGGAAGAUAAACUGAGGGAUUAUUCAUCAACUUCAAACCCAUAUGGUCUUCCUUUUGGUUGUGAAUAUUUUGUAGUGACAGUAGCUAUGUUACCUGAUACCACCAUUCAUUCACCAUCUACUUCCCGAUCCUGCAUCUUCCUGGUGGCAGAUAGAUGUGAUGGAAGAGUUUAAUUGUGCAUAAACUCAACACUUCUAAAUGUUCUUUUUGGGAGUUGAACUAGUUUUAACCAUUUUGUAUAGCUGAUGUUCCAAUUCAGAUUCAACAUCCCCGUUGUACAUAUUUUGCUACCUUUUGAUAUUGAAUAGGUUGUGAAUAUUAUUUAACACUUGGUUGCUUAUAUGGUCAUUUGAAUGUGGUCAAACGAGAUGGGCCAAUAUUCCU